AUGGAUGAGGCAAAUUCCGACCCAAAUUGCCCAAGGAUUCCGGUGACCAAAGAGGAGAAAGAACGCCUCAGGCGCCCAUGGCAACAUACCCUCAUCGUUAAGGUUCUUGGACGCAAGGUUAGCUAUUCCUACCUUAAGCAAAGGCUCCAGAAGAUGUGGAAGCCGGAAUCAAGUUUUGACCUAAUUGCAAUUGAUCAAGAUUUUUACUUAGCGAAAUUUGAGGCAUUCCAAGAUUAUGAAUUUGCGAAGUAUGAAGGUCCUUGGAUCAUCAUGGGUCAUUAUCUAACUGUACAACAAUGGGUGCCGAAUUUCUUCCCCCAUAAGAACAAAUUGGAUAAACUGUUGGUCUGGGUAAGAUUUCCUGCGGUUCCUAUAGAGUACUUUGAUGACGACUUUUUGAAGAAAAUAGGGAAAUACAUAGGGCGACCGAUCAAGGUCGACACCACUACAAGCCUGGUUUCAAUUGGCAAAUUUGCUAGAGUUUGCGUGGAGUUGGAUUUAACAAAACCGUUAUUGUCAAAAUUCACAUUGGGUGGCGAGGUUAUCCCAAUUGAAUACGAGGGAAUCCAGAUGGUAUGUUUUCAGUGUGGCAUAUUUGGCCAUAAGAAGGAACAAUGUGGGUUGGUGAACCAGGAAACAGGCAAGGAGACAAAUGACCCAGGUACAGAGCAAGCCCAAAUGGCAGAGAGUUCAACAAAUGCAAGUCCGAAUGCAGUACGACAAGAGCCUAUCUCAGUUCGAAUUCGGAAGGAAAAUAUUGGGUCAUGGAUGCUAGUAGCCAGGAAAGAAAGACGAGGACAACAGAGGGGAGGUAACUGGAAUAAUGGUCUGCCGAACGCCGGUCAGAACCGAACACAGACAUACAACGAAGUUGAUGGAGGACUAGGAUCGAACUCCCGAUUUGCAGUUUUUGAAGGCUUGAAUGAGGUCGAGGACAAUGGCCCCAAUGACUACAGAGGACCCAGGAUUACUGAUCUUGAUACCCGAAGGCCACUCCCGAGGAUCCGUACAAACCAGAACAACCAAACGAAGGAAGGUCAAAGAUUAGCACCUCAGAAUGCCCCACCCAGACAAUAUAUUGCGCAAGAGCGUGGUGCACCUAGAGGAAGAGGGGGAAGAGGAUCGGCACCAAGACGAGCAGCGGCCGAGCCCGAGCAUACGGUAGUCAGAGGCUUUAACAAAGGGAAACAGAUCACAACCACAAGGAUCCAACACCCGAACGACCUGCCUGAAUCAUCUGAUAGAAUGGAAGAUGACUAUCAGCUGCUAGGAGAACCCCCCGACAUCCCCAAACUUUUUGUACCUAGACCGGAGGACCAAGAUACUACAAUGGUGGAUAAUGUUGGUCGUUUGGACCAAGGGUUUUCGGAGGGGCGUGAUCGCAUGUGCCCUUGA